CAGGCACCAACACGCAUCACAGGUCAUGCAUGCAUGACGCUUUCGCUGCCGAAUUCAUGGUCAAUUGUAGGAUAACUGCGCUAGUUGGGCGAAUCGACAGAGUCCGACAUGCUCCGUUUUGGACGUGCUGUGAAGCGGAAGUUGGCAGGCUCUCUGUAAGUAGGCUACUAAACGUCUCCUUGAGGAGAAGGACUAUUACAGUUGGCGGAGGGAAGGAUGAAGGCAGACGAGGAAGCUCCUCCCCCCUCCCCGGGGCUGGGGGGUUCGGCGAUCCGGUGUCGGGAAGUGUGUCGGUCGUACGGUGAACUCAAAGUCCUGAGUAACCUCAACUUGACCGUACCACAGGGACACAUCUACGGCCUGCUGGGUCCGAGUGGGUGUGGGAAGACCACACUGUUGAAAUGCAUUGUGGGAACACUGAAGAUCUCCCGAGGGCACAUCAGCGUGUUGGGGAAGCCGCCCGCAUUUCCUGGACACCAGGUCCCUGGGAGGAUGGUGGGGUACAUGCCACAGGACCUGGCGUUGUACAAUGAGUUUACCAUCAGUGACACCCUGACGUUCUUCGGAAGGAUCCACGGCCUGUCAUCUACGGACACCCAGGCACGCAUGGACUUCCUGGUGGACUUCCUGGACCUACCUCAGAAGAGCAAACUAGUCCGAAAUCUCAGCGGAGGGCAGAAACGGAGGGUGUCUCUAGGAGCAGCCUUACUUCAAAACCCCCAGUUAUUGAUUCUGGAUGAACCCACAGUCGGGGUGGACCCUGUGCUGAGAGCCAAGAUCUGGCAGCAUCUAGUAGAGAUUGUGAAAACUGGAAAAGUAUCAGUCGUCAUCACCACUCACUACAUCGAGGAGGCCAGGCAAGCCAACGUGGUGGGUCUGAUGAGGAAUGGCCGACUGUUGGCCGAGGGACAUCCAGAAACCAUGAUGAAACAGCACAAUGCACCGACCCUGGAGAAAGCCUUCCUGCAGCUGUGUGAGACCUCAGACCAGGUGGGCUCCAAACACAGCACCUCCCCUCUGGGCGGGGUCCUAGAGAGCAGCCAAUCAUUCGAGAGCGGCCGGGACGAGAGUCUACCAAUCCUGGGAGCCGGAUCGGGACCAGUAGAAGAGCUGCCCAAAUACUCAGCGGACUGGAAGGUACGAGUCAGGCAUGUGAUGCCAAAGUGGAGGAACAUCGCAGCUCUGAUUAUCAAGACCACGGUGCGGAUGAAGAGAAUGCCAGGGUCCCUGUGUUUCCAGUUCCUUCUGCCAGUCAUCCAGAUCUCUCUGAUGUGUCUGUGUAUCGGAGGAGACCCCAAAGGAAUACAGGUGGCUGUGGUCAACAAUGAGACCUCCUCCAGCUCCUAUAGCCAAUCCCUGCUCUCCUUCCUGGACAACUCCAGCGUGCAACAGGUGAACCUGUCCCAUGCUGAGGCUUUUGCAGGGGCCUAUAAUGGAGAGUACUGGGCCGUCAUCGGGUUUGGAAAGAAUUUUACCAGCUACCUGACCAAGAGGAUGAUCCAGCGGCAGGUCUCUAAGGAGGUGGUGGAUGGAGGGUCGGUGCACGUCUGGUUGGACCUGACCAAUCAACAGAUCGCCAUGAUGCUUCAGAAGAAACUAGCCGAUGCCUUUGAGGAUUUCGUCCAGUAUAAGAUGGGGAGCAUGUCUUACCUGGUCUCUCUUCCUGUCAAGUUUGAGGAGCCCAUCUAUGGCAGCAUGAACUCAGACUUCACCACGUUUGUGACGCCAGGAGCCGUUCUGAGCAUCACUUUCUACCUGGCAGUGGGCUUGACGGCUCUGUCCUUUGUGAUAGAGAGGAAGGAGGGGCUAAUGGACAGGUGCUGGGUUGCAGGUGUUAGUUCGUUGGAGACUGUGCUGGCCCAUCUCAUCUCCCAGCUGUUUGUCAUCAGCAUCCAGGUCAUUCUACUACUGCUCUUAAUGCUGCUCGUCUUCAAGAUCCCUAAUGAGGGGAGCCUGGUGUUGGUUAUAGCUCUGAUUGGGCUGCAGGGUGUGACUGGCAUCUCCUUUGGUCUGGUCAUCUCAUCUGCCAUCGAUGACGAACAGAACGCCAACCAGGCUGCCCUGGGUAUCUUCUACCCCAACCUCAUCGUCAGUGGUAUAAUCUGGCCUGUGGAGUGCAUCCCCUAUCCACUACGUUACAUCAGUCUGGCCCUGCCCCAGACCUACGCUUCUGAAGCCCUACGAUGCAUCAUGUACAGAGGCUGGGGUCUCUCCAGGAUGAUGGUGUGGCGAGGCUUCGCUGUCACCCUGGGCUGGAACACUUUCUUCGUCAUCCUGGCCAUCAUCAUCCUCAAGCUGAGGACCUGAGACGUCUACCCGGGGGGGAGGGGGGGCUUCCUAGUCUCAGGAUGUCUGUGUCGGGGGACACUGUGCUUUAAGGGAGAAAGUGCUGGUUUUCCAGAGUUCAUCUUGCAGACAGACCCUCACCCACACCGACACGCACAAUCACACCCCCUCCUCCCCCCUCCUGCUUGCCAACUAGCCAACCCUGAGAACCAGAGUCUAUGGGUGAAGGACUACUAGGUGGGGCAAAUCAUUCCAAAUCUUGCAGGUAGAAAUCUACUUCAUAGAAAGGAUAGCGUUCGCUAUUCCAUUAGAGAGUUGUGGCUGCUCUUUUAUGUUGUCGUCUUUCAUGCUGCAAUGCUUUGAAUGUUUCAACCACCUGAAUCUGUUUCUCAACCCAGUUGUUUUACAGCCUGUUCUAUUACAUACAACCCAGCUAGCACAUUUGGUUCCUUUGAAGUUGUAGGAACGUAUGUUUUUUGGUUUCACAUUGGUUGUGGGAAGGAAGCCAUAGUUUCCUGACCGGUAAAGCUGAAACGUUCUUCAAACAUUCUGAGAAGAGAAGUUCCAGGAACAAGAUAAAUUGUCACGUCGUACUUCUCUGAACUAUCUGAGAACAUUCCCAAUGUCAAACCAGUUGGGGAACGUUACCAACAUUGAAAUGAAAUGUAGCUGUAGUUUGAACUUAUAUGAAACGUUGAAAUACAUAACGUAAUGAAAUACCAAAAUACGUUUUGUUGUUGUCAAGUUCAUUAAAUGUGCUGAGAAUGUUCCAAAGCCAAACAACUAUCCUGCACCAUUCCCAGGAAGUUGUGUGAAGGUUGUAUGCUAAAUAACCAUAGAACAACCACGCUCUCACCAAGCUCUAAGUAACAUAUGGUUCUCAGAACGUUAUGUGCUUGCUGGGAGUAUUGUCUGAUUCACAGUGCAGGGCCGGGCCAAGCUGUACUGGACUGGCCUGGUGACACGUCCACCAUAGCUGCUGAAACCAUGUUUGAAAGGAUCAUGUGAAGAUAAAAUAUCAGAGCCAGUACAGUUCAGGUCGUUGCUAUAGUGUGAAUCAGACAUCAGUCAAACGGCUGGUGGACCCAGAGAACUGAGGUUGAGAAACACUGUAGAGUAGAAGUGCUGAUCUAGGGUCAGGCCCUCCCUGUCCAUAAUAAUGAUUUAUUAUGAUGCAAACGGCUAAACUGAUCCUAGAUCAACACCCUUACUCUGAGACGCUUGAUAAUAGGGUUCCUGAUCACUGUCAUGUAUGAUCUGCUCCAGAACACACUGUACACAGUACAGGUUAUUAUAGGCCUUAGGCAUGUUUAACACCUGUUCUCAACAUAACAAUGCAUUGAUUGGAGGUUUAUAUUUAGAGUUGCUCUUGAGGGUUUAUGAAUAACCUCUUCUACAGUAUAUGUUGACUGUAUUUACACAAAUGAUAGAGAGAUAUAUUAUACUAUAUAUUUCAUAUUUUUGAGGGAACUGUGUGUAAAAAACAAAUAAUACAAUUUGAAUGUUUUUGGUAUUGUGGUGUUACUGGAUAGAGCUCUUCUUAGCUACUGGUGUGUGGGUAAAGAAUGGCCACGACAAGAAGGACUCCCGUUUCACAGACGUUUUACUGAAGGAUGUUCUCUGAUGAUGGGAAUUCCUGUUCAGUAGAUGUUUUCUACAACUGGUGGCGACACCGGCUCUGUCCAGGUACCUGGUCCGGCUCUGUCCAGGGGCUCGGCCCGGCUCUGUCCAGGUACCUGGUCCGGCUCUGUCCAGGGGCUCAGCCCGGCUCUGUCCAGGGGCUCGGUCCGGCUCUGUCCAGGGGCUCGGCCCGGCUCUGUCCAGGCAAAUGGUCCGGCUCUGUCCAGGGGCUCGGCCCGGCUCUGUCCAGGGGCUCGGCCCGGCUAUGUCCAGGCACCUGGUCCGGCUCUGUCCAGGGGCUCGGCCCGGCUCUGUCCAGGGGCUCGGCCCGGCUCUGUCCAGGGGCUCGGCCCGGCUCUGUCCAGGCGCUCGGCCCGGCUCUGUCCAGGCGCCCGGUCCUGCUCUGUCCAGGGGCUCGGCCCGGCUCUGUCCAGGCGCCCGGCCACAGAACGAUGUCCACGUCCGUGCGAUUAGCAUGCGAGCAAACCCAACUAACUGUGGGAAAACCAGACAACUGGCUAAACUCAUCAUGGCACACCCACCAACCAAUGAUCGACUAGCAGAAGGUGGACAGUAGAACCCACGGGGGAGGAGCUAUGCCAUCUGCACUACAGUAUGGAUAGAAGUGUAUUUUGAUGAACUGAAAAGCUAAACUCAAUGUCAGACGAAAAAAACUAAACUUAUUUUUGUCCUCUGCUAUUUCUAGGGGCCUCUGGGUCUGAAUUCAUAAAGCAGAGUGGAAGUGCUGAUCUAAGACCAGUUUUGCCAUUUAAAUCAUAAUGAAUAAGAUUACAUGGACAGGAGGGGACCUGAUCCUAGACCAGCCUACCAAUUCUGAGGUUAUUUGUGGAUAUGAGCUCUGGUCUCUUAUCUGUAUUUUGUUCUGUUUUGCUUCCUGUUGCCUGUUUUGACAGGAAGUGGUGACCCUGUCUCUAUUGGUUACCAGGUGAUCUAACCUCACAGUAUUGGCUUGCUGCUGAAGUAGCCUUGGCUUCUGGUUAUUGGUGGAAUGCUGUAUUUCUGGAGUCUGUUGUGUGCCUGUGCUUGCAGCAUACCCCUUAUAAAAAGGGCAGUUUGAUUGAUUGUCCUGAUGGUGAUUGCAUGGGGCUUGUCCCGUCGUGGUUGACUGUUCUGUCAGUGAUCGUGUUUGUUUAUUGGGAUCCCUGUUAUCUUUUGCUGAAGCAGCAGCUACUCUUCCUGGGGUCCACCAGAAACACACAACAUGACCAGUAACAAAACACUGGUACACUGAUAGACAAGGACAGUCAAUACAUGAAUAUACAACAAUAAAGUGUGUGUGUGUGUGUGUGUGUGUGUGUGUGUGUGUCUGUGUGUCUGUGUGUGUGUGUGUGUGUGUGUGUGUGUGUUACCUGAGAAGGUCAUCAGCUUUUAAUGACUUUUGUCUGCCCAUCACCCCCCUGCUGCUGGACAGAGUGGUGGCUGCUGGGUAAAGCCCUUGGACAUGUACCACAGCAAAGAGUAUCCAGUCAGUUCUGUUUUAAUGACAUCUCUCCAGCAUGUCCACUCAUUGUGUUUUAUUACUGCUGGUAUUAUAAUGUAUUAUUCCAUAUGUGAAUUCAAAGUGUCCAACAACAGAUAUUGAGGUCUCUUAACUUCCCUGAGGCGGGAUCAAUCCAUUUCUCUGAUCCAAUGGGAGCUCUCUAUAUAUUUCAGAGUUUCUAUUGGGUUUGGGGAUGAUUGACAGCAGCCCGUGGUAUUCCGGGGGUUCUGAGAGUUCAUAUCUUGUAUUUCUAGUGUCCAUCCUUCAAAGUCGUGCCAUUGACCACUAUUACUGACUGAGAAAUAUGUUUACACGCAUCGAACCGACAAAGUGCUGAUGACUUGAACCGACAAAAAGGCUGAAAAUAGCUCACGGCAGAAGGAGCUAGUUCACGUCACUCGGUUUGUGGUUUAUGAAUGUGAUAAUAGAGAAGGCACCAUGUUAAGUUAUGAAGCUAAAGCAUCUACACCAGCAUGUGUGUUACUGUAUGAAUCACAAUUGAUUGAUGUUUUCUGCAGAAUUGUGAAUUCUCGACCGUAAGGCAACUUUUCAAGGUGACUGCAGAAGUUACAUUUACUGUGCUUCCCAAAUGGCACCCUAUUCCCGACAUAGUGCACUAUUUUUGACCAAACCCCUAUGGGCCCUGGUCAAAUGGGCCCUGGUCAAAAGUAGUGCACUAUAUAAGGAAUAGGGUUGUCAUUUGGGGUUCAUUCUUAAACGUUCUUGUUUAACGUGGCAUAUUUUAGAAAAGUCAAGUUUGUAUUAUAGAGAGAGAGUGUUAUACAAAUCUAAUUUCAAUUGAGGAAAGUGACAUAAAUAUUUAUAUGUACCGUAUUGGGGUCAAGAGGUCAAGGACCAUCACGGCUGAACCUUGGAGUUUAUUAAGUGUUAAUUCAUGUGGAACUCCAUAUUUAUUGUGUUUCCUGUAUUGCUCACGGUCCGUUGCCUUUUAUGUGUUUGUUCGUGCUGCUAUUUCCCACAUCUUAAGGGACACAUCCACAUUCAUCUGGAAUGUAUGUGUCUUACAAAUGACAUAACAGGUGUUAUAAACACGUGUGACUGCAAAUGACUUAUAAAUGACUUGUGACUUAUCUUAUGACGACUGACAUAACACUGUCAUGACACAAACUGGAGUUGGGGUUGGAAAUCCAUCAAAUCCUUCAUUAGAUUGUAGCCCUGUUAUAACAGACAUAAUAUAUAUAUAUAUAACCUGUUAUGUCAGCUUAUGACAACUGACUUAACACUGUCAUGACACCAAACUGUUAUCUAGGUCAGCUAGUUGCCAACUAGCUUAUAGAUCAUUUUAAGACUAUUCAUGUCAUUUGUUUUGUCAAUGAUAUGUAGGCCUUAUGCCAGGGCAUAGGGUUCAGGUAACGUGUUAGCUGCCAUAAUGUAUAGGUUGCGUCCCAAAUGGCACCCUAUUCUCUACAUAGUGCACUCAUUUUUUACCAGAGGCCUAUGGGUACUGGUCAAAGGUAGUGCACUAUAAAGGCAAUAGGGUGGCAUUUGGAACACAGCCAUAGCGUCAGCUCUGCUGGUGUCUGUGACUCUAUACUUCUACCUCCUCCAUGUUCCCCCCCCAAAGGGCCUUUUAUAUAUGUAUCCAUACCAGACCUGGGUUCAAAUACUAUUUGGAAUCUUUCUAAUCAUUUCAUCCUUUGCUUUUAGCCUGUCUGGAAUGCGAGAUGGGCGGGGUUUGCAGUUUUGCAACUAUUCUAUUGGUUCCAUUGUGCCAGGCAAACAUGAUCGAGCCCAGCUAAAGGAUUUUAAGUUACUGUAUUUUGAAUAUACUGAACAAAAAUAAGCGCAAGAAGUGUUGGUCCUAUGUUUUAUGAGCUGAAAUAAAAGUUCCCAGAAAUGUUCCAUGUGCACAAAAAGGUUAUUUCUCUCAAAUUUUGUUCACCAUUUUUUUUUACAUCCCAGUUAGUGAGCAUUUCUCUUUUGUCAAGAUAUUUCAUCCAUCUGACAGGUGUAGCAUAUCAAGAAGCUGAUUAAACAGCAUGAUCAUUACACAGGUACACCUUGUGUUGGGGACAAUGAAAGGCCACUCUAAAAUGUUCAGUUUUGCCACAGAUGUCUCAAGUUUAGAGGGAGCGUGCAAUUGGCAUGCUGACUGCAGGAAUCUCCACCAGAGCUGUUGUCAGAGAAUUUAAUUUUAAUUUCUCUACCAUAAGCCGCUUCCAACAUCAUUUUAGAGAAUUUGGCAUUCCGUCCAAUCGGCCUCACAACCACAGACCACGUGUAACCACGCUAGCCCAGGACCUCCACAUCCGGCUUCUUCACCUGUGGGAUCGUCUGAGACCAGCCACCUGGACAGCUGAUGAAACUGGGUUUGCACAAAAAAAUUAUUUGUGCACAAACUGUCGGAAACCAUCUCAGGAUAGAUCAUCAGUAUGCCUGUCGUCCUCACCAGGGUCCUGACCUGACUACAGUUCGGCAUCGUAACCCACUUCAGUGGGCAAAUGCUCACCUUCGAUGGCCACUGGCACACUGGAGAAGUGUGCUCUUCACAGAUGUAUCCUGGUUUCAACUAUACCGAGCAGAUAGCCGACAGUGUGUAUGGCUUCGUGUGGGUGAGCAGUUUGCUGUCAAUGUUGUGAACAGAGUGCCCCAUGGUGCUGGUGGUGUGGUAUGGGGAGGCCUAAGCUACGGACAACAAACACAAUUGCAUUUAUUGAUUGCAAUUUGAAUACACAGAGAUACCGUGACGAGAUCCUAAGGCCCAUUGUCGUGCCAUUCAUCCGCCGCCAUCACCUCAUGUUUCAGCAUGAUAAUGCUGAAUCCAUGUCACAAGGAUCUGUACACAAUUCCUAGAAGCUGAAAAUGUUCUAGUUCUUCCAUGGCCUGCAUGCUCACCAGACAUCUCACCACCCAUUGAGCAUCUUUGGGAUGUGUGUUCCAGCUCCCGCCAAUAUUCAUCAACUUCCCCCGGCCAUGGAAGAGGAGCGGGACAACAUUCCUCUGGCCACAAUCAACAGCCUGAUCAACUCUAUGUGAAGGAGAUGUGUCGCGCUGCAUGAGGCAAACGAUGGUCACACCAGAUACUGACUGGUUUUAUGAUCCACACCUUACCUUCUUUUAAAAAGGUAUCUGUGACCAACAGAUGCAUAUCUGUAUUCCCGGUUAUAUGAAAUCCAUAGAUUAGGGCCUAAUUUAUUUAUUUCAAUUGACUGAUUUCCUUAUAUGAACUGUGACUCAGUAAAAUCUUUGAAAUUGUUGCAUGUUGCAUUUAUAUUCUGGUUCGGUGUAGUAUUUGUACCCAGGUCUGAUCCAUACUCCUCUGUGACGUCAUGUAUAUGCUGUGACAGCAAACGUGCUGAACCCAGGUCUGAUCCCUACUCCUCUGUGACGUCAUGUAUAUGCUGUGACAGCAAACGUGCUCUAAAAUACUCUUCAUGUCUCUGAAACAAUAAAACCUUCAUGAGUAACGUG